AUCAUAUCGACGACGCUUGAGUGUUUGAAUUUGUAUUAGCUCUAAGUACCUAGUACAUUGAUGUUUCAGUCAACGAAAUGAUAGCGUUAUUUUUUUAGUUUUCGUUUUACCGGUUGAAUUUCUUUCAAAGUCAAUCAACUAUAGGAAAGAUGAAUUUACGAUGCGAAAUUUGCGAUCUAGUUUUCAACGAUCACAACAAACUCACCACUCAUUCGAAAACAGAUGAAAGACAUAAGUUGAGAUAUUGGUAUACCCAAAAUCGAAACAAAGCGAAAUCGAUAACUUAUUCUGUCUCGGUUCCUUUGAGAAUAUACGAACUAAGGUCAAAAAUCAAAAUUCCAAUUGAAAGAAACCGUUUCUCACAGAAUUGUUCUGAAAUCAGCGAUGUGUUUGAAAUUGAAAUUCACGAUGAAGUAAAAGCUGAUUCCAGCGAACUCCCUUUUUAUCUUGAAAAUGAUAAACCGUUUCCACUUGUGUUCAAACAAGUUGCUCGUUUUUGUGAUUACACGGAACCUCCUCAUAAAAGCAUUAUUUGUGUAUUAAAAUUAAAAAUCCGGGGACAGAAAUAUCAAAAACCCAAAUACUCAUUGAUUGAAGUAAUUAUCCGGGUAGAAAAGGAAGAUUUAAGAGAAAUUCUAGGUCCAUUCAAACCAUACUGCAGAGAAAACAGGGAAAUAAUCAGAUUCCCAAACGUUAAACAACAAAUCCCAAGAGACAGAUUACAACAGCAAAAUCAAUUAAUUUCAAAAACAAAAAUAUUUUUACGGAAAUACGAAAUACCAGAUAAACUGAUGGAAUCUCUGGAAAAUAUGCUCAGAGGAAGAAAAAAUUUUCAAAACUUGGAUCAGAAUAAUUUGAGCAGUAUAUUGAAAGAACUCGGACUGCAUGAUGCUAUGGGAACACUGAGAGAAGGAAAUUACGUUGAUUACUUCCACAACGUUUUAUGGAUCGAAGAACACCACGCUCAAAAGGAAAUGGAACGAUAUAAUCAAAAAGAUGUCACAUUACUGACUGAUAGACGACCAUUAUAUGGUAUAAAUAUUCCCAAUCUCUCGGAAGGGCGCCCAUCGCUGUUACCACAAGAUCAAGUUCUAAUACAUAAAAGAAACGACAUGUUCAGAUGUGCGUACGAAGGUUGCAUAGAAAUUAUAGAACGAGACAAAAUAUACGUCGCUGCCCAUUCGCGCAAAUUUAAAUACGUGAAUAAAGAAUUGGUUCACGUCGAAUUCAAAAUAAAUCGACGACCUUUCAUGCUAUCUCAUCGAGCAUUAGAUCAAAUCGAAAAUCAAGCAACAAUCAGCACAACGCUUUUUCCAAAAAAAUUCAAAACGAAACCUAAUACAACCAUGAGAUUGAAAGGGACGGACAUUUCAAGCUCGCAACCAAUAAAUGAUCAACAAUACCAAGCCAUCAAGAAUAUACUGGAAAACAGCGCUCAUCCCGCACCUUAUGUACUUUUCGGCCCUCCAGGAACUGGAAAGACGUCAACCUUGGUCACUGCUAUUUAUCAAAUUUGGAAAAAAUCUUUCUCCUCGCUUAAGAAAUCGCGAAUUUUCAUUUGUGCUCCCUCCAAUUCAGCUGUAGAUGUAAUCGUGCAGCGUUUAUUACUCGAUACUGAUAUUCCUCACGAAGAUGUGAUGAGAUUAUAUGCUAAACAUAGGCUUGCAAAUCCUGAGUUGAAAGACUGCAGCGUUAAUAAGAUAUAUGUUCCGGAUUUGGACAAAAAAAGUAUCAUCGCUGCGACUACAAUUACUGCCGGAUGGUUGGUCGAUAAAGGUAUCGGGAAAGGAUAUUUCGAUUAUUUGUUCAUCGACGAAGCGGGACAUGCCACUGAAACAGAUAUCCUUGUUCCUUUGGCUGGAUUUUUUGGUGACGGGUGCUGUCUGGUUUUGUCUGGUGAUCCUCAACAACUCAGACCAGUGGUCACAUCUCCUUUGGCUGUUUCUUUAGGAUACGAUAUUUCUUUAUUGGAGCGUCUCAUGUCAAAGAUUGAAUUAUAUCGACGGAAUGUAAACAAUAGUUCGAAUGGAUAUGGAAUCAUCACCAAAUUAAUUAACAACUAUCGAUCUCACGAACAAAUUUUACACAUACCGAAUAAAAACUUUUACCAUGGAGAAUUAAAGGCGGUAGGAUAUAGAAAGAUUACCACCCUUGCCAGAGGUUGGAAAGGACUAAAAGAUCCUGAUUUUCCAAUCAUAUUUCGCUCGGUUAAUAAUGGAAACGAUAGUCGUGAAGAUAUUUCUCCAAGCUAUUUCAAUACGGACGAAAUAAAAAUCGUAAAACAGUACGUCGAUAAAUUGCUGGGUGAUUCGUGGAAUGGAUAUAAAGUGACAGAGAAAGACAUUGGAAUAAUAACUCCAUAUCGAAAACAAAUUAUUUUUACUGUGUAUGCCCAGGUUGAGAAAAUUCAGAAAUAUUUAAACCACAGAGGUUGGAGUAAGAUCGAAGUAGGAUCGGUUGAAAAAUUUCAAGGAAACGAGAAAUUGAUCAUAAUUAUUUCAACAGUUAGAUCGAGUACUGAACAGAUAGAAACAGAUUAUAAAUUCAAGUUGGGAUUUUUAAAAGAUCCUAGGAGAUUCAAUGUAGCAUUAACACGAGCUAUGGCUUUGCUUAUUGUUGUCGGUAAUUCCAACAUAUUGUACUGUGAUUCUAAUUGGAAGGAGUUCAUAGACUAUUGUAUCGAGCACAAAUCGUAUGAAGGCGAUCUACCCAGCGUAUUGAAAUCUAGCCAAGUGAAAAAGAAAAGAAAACACAAGAAAAAGAAGAAAUGAGAAAAAAAUGCCUACCAUAAUUUUAUAAUAAAUGUAAAUCCAUGUCUUUCAAAUCUCAUUAAAAAUAAUUUUUAUAAUUUUG